UUUAUAAGUGGAAAAUGGCGGUGCCUGAUGAUGAAAUUAUCAAACGAAGUUUAUUGAUUGAUGGAGAAGGUGGCAAUGAUAAUAAAAGAAUUAAUAAUUUACUUAAAAUGUUUAUUAGAUGGACUGAAUCUCCAGAUGAUGAAGACAGCAAUCUAGUUUAUCAGAGAAUUCUUUCAACAUUGUCGCAAUGUGAAUAUACUGUAGAAAAAUCAACAAGGGUUUACCAUAUGAACAAAGAGGAACAAGAAAAUUAUGAAAAACUUAGUCAACGAAUUGAGAAAAAGAUAGAAGAAGCUACUGAAAAAAUUGCUGAAUGCAAAGUUGAAUUACAACAAGCAAAACGUAUUAGAAAAAAUAGACAAGAAUAUGAUGCCUUAGCUAAAGUAAUCAACCAACACCCUGAUAGACAAGAAACAUGGAAGCAAUUACAGAGCUUAGAUGAAGAACUGAAAACUUUUACUGACAGAAAACAGAAAUUAGAGGAAAAGCUUGAUUUAAGACGAAAACAAUUUUUGGUGUUAAUAACAGCUAUACAUGAAUUACAAGCUAUUUUAGAUGAGGAUGAUCAUGAGGAAAUGAAGAAGAAUGAAGAGAUGGAUGUUAGCUAAUCUGGCUGUAAUCGUGAUGUCUAAUGUAAUUUGUCUUUUGAUUGGCAGAUGAAAAAUGCACAUGGCAAUUAAGCAAUAUAUAUACAUGAUUAUAAUAGUGUGAAUGUGAAUAUAAAUCUUGGUACAACUGUACCUUAAAAACACUGUUAAUAGUUCAGUACAACAACACCAGUAAAUAAAACAGUUUUCAUUGACAUAACUAGUUCACCUUAAUGAGUAUUAUAUGUAAGAUAUUGUUGAUCAGUCUCGUGUGAUUUUUAAUUCUCUUUUGAUAUUGAAUGUUUGAAUAUUGUGGCUAAAAUGUUAAUCAAUUAUUACUUGUUCAUGAACACAAAAUAAUCGUAGCUUUGUUCAUAAAGGCUAGGACAUCAAAGUUCGUUGAUUCAUUGUUUAUACUUCAUCAACAUCAGCUCUGACAUAUUUCAUUAUUUGUCAACAUAUUUAACUGUCCAUAAAUUAUAAUAAAAUCAUAUCAAAGCUAUU